AUGGACAUGGAGGAAGUGCUCGAGCAUCUCAUCGAGGGAAUCCCAUCGACGAGCUUGCGUGAUCAAGCCCGCAUCCAAAGGUUCGCCAAUUCGGAGCAGAUGCUACUAGCAUUUGCCAAUGUACGCCUUCCGCAACAAACAGAAGGCUACGCACCAAAGAAGUCGACGACAGAGGCGGCGGAAAUCAACGACCUGCGUUGUAGGAACUGCAAUUCUAAGGGUCAUUUCGCCAAAGACUGCCGCAAGCCAGCAAGAGCACCUGGAUCUUGUUUUGCUUGUGGACAGAAGGGCCAUUUUGUUGGAGAAUGUCGUCUAAGGAAAAGCAACAACAACAGCAACGUUAACAACUAUAGUGUCUCAUAG